AGGAUCCAAAAGGAAGUUGGUCAUGAACGAAUCAAAGUGUAGAAGAGCUUUAUUUUGGAGAUCAGUCUACCUCAAAAUUAGGAAGAAAACCUUAUUAUGGCACCAUCAGGAAGAAAGCAUGGAGGAAAAGCUAGUAAACCAGCACAGGAAAAUCAAGCCAUACGUGCCUAUGACUUUCAGGAGGAAAGAAAAGAGCUGAGUGGAUCAGAGGAAGAUAUUAGAGAAGGCGAAACACCAGUAAUGGACAAGCAUGGAAAGAAAAGACCUUUGGUGACUACUCAUGUGGUUCCAGAUGAUGUGGGGGGUGAAGUACAGAAUAUGCUGGAAAGAUUUGGAGCGGACAUUAACAAGGCUCUCUUAGCUAAGAGGAAAAGAUUAGAAAUGUAUACAAAAGCCUCACUAAAAACCAGUAACCAGAAGAUUGAACAUGUUUGGAAAACACAGCAGGAGCAAAGGCAGAAGCUCAAUUAUGAAUUCUCCCAGCAGUUCCUGACUUUAUUUCAGCAAUGGGAUGUAGAUGUGCAGAAAGCAGAGGAGCAGGAAGAAAAACUAGCGAAUAUGCUUCGCCAGCAACAAAAAGUUUUUCAACAGGCAAGAAUAGUUCAAAGUCAGAGACUGAAAACCAUUAAGCAGCUCUAUGAGCAAUUCUUAAAGAGCAUGGAAGAGCUGGAGAAGAGCAAUGAAAAUCUUCUAGUUGGUGCACAAAAUGAACUCCGCAAAGAAAUGGCUAUGUUGCAGAAGAAGAUUAUGAUGGACACUCAACAGCAGGAGAUGGCAACUGUUCGCAAGUCUCUUCAGUCCAUGUUAUUCUGA